CUCUGCACCCUAGCGUUUGACCUGCCCCUCUAUUUUUUUAUUUUCCUGUCAUUCUUCGUUGCUAGGGUUUGUUCUCUUUCUCAAUCGCAAACUCUAAAAAUGGCAGCGUCGGCACCAAUCGAGUCUGUCCAAUGCUUCGGGAGGAAGAAGACCGCUGUGGCAGUCACCUACUGCAAGCGCGGGAGAGGCCUAAUCAAGAUCAACGGCUGUCCAAUCGAGCUGGUGGAGCCGGAGAUUCUUCGCUUCAAGGCAUAUGAGCCCAUUCUUCUUCUUGGACGUCACCGUUUUGCUGGCGUCGACAUGCGUAUCCGCGUGAAAGGCGGCGGACACACCUCUCAGAUAUACGCCAUCCGCCAGAGCAUCGCCAAAGCCCUCGUCGCUUUCUACCAGAAGUACGUGGACGAGCAGAGCAAGAAGGAAAUCAAAGAUAUUUUGGUCAGGUACGAUAGGACUCUGCUUGUGGCUGAUCCUAGGCGCUGCGAGCCCAAGAAGUUCGGUGGUCGUGGUGCUCGUGCCAGGUUCCAGAAGAGUUAUCGUUGAUUCGGAGGUCAAGUUUUAUGCAUUUAUGGUUUUGAGAAAUGUUUUGAGACUAUGAAUUUUGAUAUUUUAGAACUAAAUUGUUAAUGGAUAUUUUUUGUUAUUUUGGUUUAUGAAGGAUAUUUCUCCUA